ACCCGACCUCAUCAAGACCUUCACUUCAGUAGUUGAAGUACAAGCCUUUGUCGGCUUUAUGCGAUGUUUUCAUGGAGAAUCCUCAAAUCCAGGCUCAAGAAAUCGAUUUUUCAAUUGAAAUAAAUAGCAGUAGAAUGAUUAGCCAUCAAAAAAGUCGUUAUCCUUGUUGUAUUGUGUGGACGCCAAUACCAAUGUUGACUUGGUUUUUUCCUUUCAUUGGUCACAUGGGAAUUGCAAUGUCAUCUGGAGUUAUUCGAGAUUUUGCAGGACCGUAUUUUGUUUCAGAAGACUCUAUGGCAUUUGGAAAGCCAACAAAAUAUUGGCAACUUAAUCCAACACUAGUCAAGAAUUCUAAUGUGACAUGGGAUAGUGCUGUUUCUGAUGCAUCUGAAGUUUACAAACACAGAAUGCACAAUUUAUGUUGCGAUAAUUGUCAUUCUCAUGUGGCAAUGGCACUCAACAUCAUGAAUUAUAAUGGUUCAACAUCUUGGAACAUGUUCUAUCUGUGUAUAUCCAUGCUUAUUCAUGGAAAAUAUGUCAGUGUUGGCUCAUUUCUUAAAACAUGGCUGCCAUUUAUGACAUUGUCAUUAAUAGUAAUUCUUCUUGUCAUCUUUACUAAUUUAUAAUAGAAUAUGAAACAAGUACAAAAACAUUAUCAUGUAUGAGUAUAAAAAGUUAUCUUUUUGUACUGUUUGAAACAACUAUCUAGAACUCUAUACAUUUUAAGUUUUUUAAAUUAAUGCUUACAACAAUCCAUGCAUAUUCAGUUGUAACUAAUCACUGGAAUGUUGCUUUUUGAAUUCCAACAGGUUUUUCUCCGAUAAUAUUAAUGCAAUUCUCAUGUUUCCCAUGAUUUAUCUCUAAGCAUAUGAAUUAUAUUAUGAUCUGUUUCCUUUCUGUA